AUGAAACCAUCAACCUUUUCAAUUUUUGCAGGACUUGUCAGCAUCACGACAGCUGCCAACGGAGCUCGAAAUGAUCCAGAGGGUGUCUGGGCUGAGGCGCAACUGAGCUAUGAAAAGUUUGCUGAAGAGUUCCUCGCCAACGCCACUACUUCAAAUGGUUCUUGCAACAAAAGGACUGUUCGGACGCGCCAGCGGUGGGACGACUUGUCAACAGCUGAACGGCUCGAGUACAUACGUGCGGUAAAAUGCUUGUUCUCGCUCCCGUCUACGACUGAUCCGCUUGCUGCGCCUGGCGCGAAGAGUCGGGUGGACGACUUCGUCUACAGUCACAUCAACCAGACAAACUUCAUCCACGGUUCCGGAAUCUUCCUCCCCUGGCACAGACAGUUCAUGUGGAAUUAUGAGAGUGCGCUCUAUGAUGAGUGCGGCUUCAAGGGAACUGGUCUGCCUUACUGGGACUGGUUCCUCCACACAGACGACCAGGCUGGUUCGCCAGUCUUUGACUCGGGACCAGCAGGAUUUGGCGGAAACGGCCUCUACAUCCCACACGAAGCAAGCAACGACACUCUCGUCGAUGUCCCCGGACCCAUCUGGGUGGACCGAGCUGCUGGCACUGGUGGUGGCUGUGUCGUCGAUGGCGCCUUUGCCGAUCUCACCCUCAACCUUGGCCCAGUCGUUCCGGCAGAUACCCCAGCGGAUGAUCCGUAUGGUCUCAAAAGCAAUCCACGAUGUCUCAAGCGCGACUUCCUUCAACCUCAAAGCUCGGCUCACCUGACGUAUCAACAAGCGGCCGAUCUGCUUGAGACGACUACAUACGACGAGUUUCGUGCCGCCAUUGAUCAAGAGGAGAUGCAUCCAGCAUCGCAUAAAUUUCUCGGCGCCGACGGCUAUGAUUGGUAUUCUUCACCCAAUGACCCUGUUUUCUUCCUCCUACAUAGCCAAGUUGAUCGCAUCUGGUCCAUUUGGCAAGGGCAGGAUUACCAUACCCGCAAAAACCAGGUUGGAGGCACCGUGACCUUCCGCAAUAUCCCACCCUCUGCGGCUGCGACUCUUGAGACGGUGCUAUAUAUGCUCAGUACCGGGCCAGAUGUUUUGUUUGGAGAGACUGUCUCCCCAUUUGAGCAUUAUUGCUAUAGAUAUGUCUAA